AUGAAGACCAAGAUCCUCAAGAUAAAAUCCACAAGCAAGGAUCCAGUCAUACUGAAUGGAAGUCCCCUGGAAGAAGUCCAAUCCUUCAUCUACCUGGGCAGCAUCUUUGACCAACAGGGCGGUACAGAGACAGAUGUCAAGGCAAGAAUUGGCAAAACAAGAGCAGCCUUCAUACAGCUCAAGAAUAUCUGGAACUCCAGAGACCUGUCCUUGGCAACAAAGAUCCACGAAAUUCAAAUCCAACAUAAACCGCUGAAGAUGCACUGCAGCAGCUGCGCGCUGGUCACCAGCUCGGGUCAUCUAACUGGUGGGGGUCGCGGAAAAGAGAUCGAUCAGGCAGAGUGCGUCAUCCGAAUGAAUGACGCACCCACGGCCCGUGGCUACGGGCUGGACGUGGGUCACCGCACAAGCCUGAGGGUCAUCGCUCAUUCCAGCAUGCAGAGAGUGCUGCGCAGCCGCCAUGAACUCCUCAACUCCAGUCAGGACACGGUCUUCAUCUUCUGGGGACCCAGCAGUUAUAUGCGACGUGAUGGGAAAGGGCUGGUUUAUAACAACCUGCGGCUUAUGAACCAAGUGCUGCCCAAACUCAAGGUCUAUAUCAUCUCCUGGCAGAAAAUGCUCCAGUUUGAUGAACUAUUCAAGAGAGAGACUGGCAAAGACAGGAGAAUCUCUAACUCGUGGUUAAGCACAGGCUGGUUCACAAUGACUAUUGCCUUAGAGCUCUGUGACAGAAUCAAUGUGUAUGGCAUGGUGCCUCCAGAUUUCUGUAGGGAGUCUCAGCACCCCUCUGUCCCAUAUCACUACUACGAACCGACGGGUCCGGACGAAUGUGCCAUGUACAUCUCCCACGAGCGAGGCCGACGAGGCAGCCACCAUCGCUUCAUCACAGAGAAGCGAGUCUUUGCCAGCUGGGCUCGGACGUUCAACAUCCAUUUCUACCAGCCGGACUGGAGUCCUCCACCAUUAUCGAGAAAUAGCACGGCAACCACAGCCUUCACCCGAUCGCAGAAGAUGUGACUCUUACUAGAACCUUCAAAAGAUCUCAAACUGCCUCAAACGGAUCACUGGAUAAUUCCUGUUGCCACGUGGAUGGAUUGACUGAGAGAGACUCUGAUUCAUGGAGAAGUGAUGCUUAAACCUUUUCUUUUGCACAUUCAUUGUUUCUUUAGGUACAAAAGUCAUUCUAAUAAUUUGUACGCAUCCAUAUUUCAGAAGAUUUUUCUUAGUUUUAUGCGGUGUAUAAAAAAAACUAGAAAGGGUGGCGGAGUGUAGAAGAUCCGCCUGCAACAAAAUUUGAGCUAAAGAUAAUGUAAAACAGCAUUCACAAGUCAUUUUACUUUCAUAAUAUCACAUAUUUCUGAGUGAAACAGGAUAGUCAAUGAGAGAACAGAAGGAUGGCACUUGAUUUUGUCCAACUGGAAUUGAUUUGAUUGUGAAAAGUGGUCUCUAAAUACUCUGUGUCAGGUGGUUGACAUCUGCAGAACGGGGAAUGCAAGGACAUGUCUUUUUUUGGAUUCAUUUUGAUGAAAGAUUAUGAAGACAGCUUUUAAAAGAACAUAAAGAGAUAAACUGUUUGAAAUGAGACCUGAAAUGAAAUGCUAUAAGAAAGUAAACAAUGCCAGUUUUGAUUAAUGUUGACCUUAAAUAAUCAACGGACCCAAAAAUGUCCAGUUUUAAUGUCCCGCACACUCUUAAAAA